AUAAGAGAUUUUGUAGAAAAUAUUAAUACAUAUUAUUUUGAUUAAAAAAAUAAAGACUUUUAGGCGCGUAAAUAUUUACGGAUAGAAACAAACAUAUCUCACCUGCGUAACAAGACUAUCAGUAAGUAUUCUGAUCUUUCCAGCUCUAUAAAAUUGUUACCCUUUAUUGAGAUUAUCUGUUGUUAAUUUCUUUACCUCUAAGUUGUUAAUGCAUUCCAUAUCCGGUAUUGAAAAUAUGGAGCGUGGUCGAUUACGAGACAGACGAGACCAAUGCCUUAAGCUCCGCGCCAUUGAUGGGGCUUUUAGAAAUUUUGGACGAACUCGUAAAAUUUAUCAGCAGUGGCUUCUCCAAUAUGCUAAUGGGCGAUUGCUGCAACCAAGGGCAGUUCCAGAUCGGCGUAAAUUUCAACGUUUGGAGCAGCGAUUCCAUGAUGAAGAAAGAUUUGCGGUGCAGAGCGCAGCACAUGUUAUUGCUCUUGCGCGGACCUAUCCGGUCAUGGGCUUACGCAUAAUAGCUGCUCGCGUGGGCAUAUCACAUACGACGGUCCGUCGUAUAAUUCGUGACAAAGGUUUACGACCUUACCGCGUACAAUAUGUCCAAGAAGUGCAACCUAGGGAUCAUAGAGCUCGCCAAAAUUUCUGAAGGUAGAUGCUUCACAAAUUGAACAGAGAUUCUUCUUUUCUUGAAUACGUCCUAUUCACUGACGAAGCGAGCUGCUCCAGUACUGGCAUAGUCAAUAGGCAGAACUUACGUAUUUGGGCCUCUAGAAACCCUCAUGCGAUGAUAGAACAAGUUAAUCAAAAUCGCUUCGCCAUCAAUGUUUAUGCAGGUAUAAUUGGAGAUAAUAUUAUCGGUCCAGUUUAUCUCUCGUUGCGACUGAAUAGCCGUAACUACCUGGCCUUUCUGUAACGUGAUUUACUUCCUUGCUUACGGGAAAUUAUUCCCCGGCAGAAUCGCAACCGUCUUUUUUUCAUGCACGAUGGCGCUUCACUAUAUUUUGGUCUUUAGAUUUGUACAUUUCUUUGUGAAGCAUUUGGAACACGGUGGUUAAGCUGUAGACUUGCGCCACCACGUUCCCCAGAUCUCAAUCCCUUAGAUUUUUUUUAUGGGGAGCACUAAAAGCGAUUGUUUAUAGAACACCGGAUCUGAGACGUUGAGUCGAUGAAGGUAUGGUUAGAUUGAUGAGAAACCGAGAGGUCCUUGCUAGAGUUCGGCAAAAUCUUAAAGAAAGACUGCGAGCAUGCUUACGCAACGGUGGCCGCCACGUGGAAGCGAGAGAACAAGCGAGAGAACAAGCCCGUAUGUUACGAGUCAUUGGUCACGGAUCAGUUUUAUGGCUUUGACGAAACCAACGCCGUCUUUAUCGGGAUUAAAAUUACCUAUAAAUUGUCAAAAUAAAUAUUUUUCUACACAAGUCGGAGUUCAUUCUUUUCUCGAACUUUGAAACUGGCGAUCUAAUUCUGAGUCCGCAAGAAAAGCCCGUGACCUGGCGUGUAAAAGAGAUCUAACUUGGCUUAACCUAAUUUUACUCGUGAAAAAGAAUGCUCGAAUAAAUCACAAUUUUUUGAUACUUUAUUAUUUUUUUUCUUAUUGAAAAACUCGUUUGCGACCUGUGAUCCUUUUAAGACUUUUGAUCCUCUCAAUGAGUAGAAUUUAAAAAAAUAAUAAAAAAUUUUGACCUUGAGUUUCAAGGUCAAAACGAAUUUUGCGGGGCCAUGUUUGGGGAUGAUGUUUGCCGGACAUGAACUGAAGAAUCAUUUGUUCAAGCAACGACACAUAAUUUUUAUACACCUUAUAUAUUCGUUUCCGCACUGAAUAAACUAAGUUACCCAGAUAACAAAAUGUACUGAAGCAUAGAAGCAGCAAACCUUGUCGGAUUUGUUUGCUGCUUCUGUACCGGAUCUAGAGCAGCAUAUGUCGCAUACAGAAAUUUACAUGUGUAAAAAUUGUGAUUUUAAUAAUAAAACGUUCUCGUAUAAAUAUUAACAUUGUUUUGUUAAUGAUAUUAUUCUAAAAUGUUAUCAAAAUUAAAGUUUUAACGUGAAAAAUUGCAUCAUGAAUAUCAUGAAUGAUACCAGCAUAACUAUUUGUAUUAGUGUUGGAUAAUCAAGUCAGCAUAUUUACAACAUGGAUGUCAUAUCAUGUGUAGAAAAAUGAUAAGCAUAUGUGUUUCAAGAAAUUUGCUAUUAAUAGGUAAGAAGCAACGCUAAAGUACGUACAUUAAUAUUUAUAUUUCUUUAUUUUGAUAAAUAUCCAAAAUAAAAAAGUUAGUGAAAAUCCGUGAAGUGCGUUUUCGCGGUCGCAUUUUCGCUUUCUGCGAUGCCGAUUGGCUGGCUGGUGUGGACAAAUCCAUGGUGUAAUGGGCGAGUUGACUGAGAUCGGUGAGAUUAAGUGCGUGGUGUGUACAACCGGCGGCAGCAACCGCUCGAGACAAUUCUUUUUGAAAGGAGAUAUCGAGUUCAAAUUAAAAAAAUUACAAAAAUUGAAAGAAUAUCGAAUGCAGAGAUUAUCGGAGAGCGAGAAGUUUUAUAAAUUUAUCAGACAGGCAGAUGAAGUAAUCAAAUGAAUUGGGGACCAAACAAUAGUAAGCUUAUAAUUAUUUAAUUAUAUCCAAGCAAAACAGGGAGUCAUCACGACGUCAAAAUGAUGUCAAAGUAACUGUAUAAUGAUCAUUACAAGUCACUUUUUAAUCAAUUACGAUUCAUUUUGAUGUCAUUUUGACACAAUUGUGAAUUACUUUGAUGUCAUUUUGACUUGUGCUUGGGAUAUUACUUAAUUCUUUUAUAUAUUAAUAUCUAUAUUUAUAGAUAUUAAUAUAAUUAAUAUAAUAUAUUAUUUUGAACUUGGCAUUGAUAAUUAGUAAAUAUUAUAAUUAAAGAUUAUUUCAUCCGAGGAUUAUGGUUGUGACGUAGAACACGUGGAAUUGCUGAUAGUAAACAAUUUCCUAGCUGGUUUAAAGACCAGUAACGUGUAUCAGCUGUUUUUGACGAGGGGCAAAGAUUGAUCGAGCAGAAAAAUCCAGAGAAAAACAAGAUACUUCAGAAAUUUGACAAAACAAAGCAACAGUGGGAGGACUUGAAGGAAUUGGCGCACGCUUGACAAAACGCAUUGGCAGGUGCCAAGCAGAUUUACGUGUUUGAUAGGACAGCUGAUGAGACCAUUAUCUGGAUACAGGAGAAGGAAGCGGCUCUCAGCUCGGACGACUGAGCAAAGGAUAAGAAGCGGAAGCGUUAAGAAGAACGUAGGCAGUUAUUAGACAAUUUUUAUCGUGCGCAACGUGACGAACUUAACGGCUCGGUCGAAUGAGUCUGAAUAUGUAUUAGUGUACAAGGAUUAACAGAUGCGUUGAUUUUAAUACAUUUGAAAGCGGUGGAGCUAAGGAACUCAACGUCCAAAUUUUUGAGACUAUUAUGCUCUAGAAGCAAGUUUCGAAAUAGUUACUGAGAAAGGUCCUUAUGAGUCAUAUGAAGGCUGUCCAGUCAGUAAAGGUGUACGUUUUCAAGGUAAAUAUUUUUUCAUUCUUUAUUGUUAAAAAUUAUUUAUAUCUAAAACAUGUAAAGUAGAGUACAGACUCCAGGGUGUCUUCUUCAGACGAUAGCCGUUCUGACUGGGAUUAAUUUUAGCUAUUUAAUUUAAUGGUAUUGUCAAUUCUGAAGUAAGCGUUGUAAAGAUUUUCCUCUUCGCAAACCAAAAAAAGUAAGUCUUGAGACGUCGAAUAGCUUCAGUUCAUCUUCCUCUCAGUUCAUUUUCACUACUAUUAAACAUUAUUCCUCUAUCUUUCAUUACUGAGUUUACUUUUUCAACGAAAUCUUUAAAGAACUUUCAGCACUUAUAGGUUUACGUUUCCUUUGAUAAAUUCCGACAAUUUUUGGUUUACUACCAGAAAUAUUGGCAAUUUUACAUUGAAUAGGCCAAAUUUGGAUUUGAUCUGGCUUGUCCAAGGUAGCACCAUCGGUACUAAAAUCUACUUUCAAAUUUUGAGGUAUCAAAGCUUGUGAAACGUUUCAAGGACUGUUGAUUAUUCCAGCUACAAAACCCGUUUACAGAUACUUUCCAGGAGAAACGUUUCUUAACUCGAUGGAUACACGAGGAAGUUUUCUGUAAAUGUAGAAGUAUAGUCUACAUUAUCCUUAUCUUCCUCAACGCUGUUUUUAUUGCUAUCACUAACGUAGGUUGUAUUAGAAUCUGAAAAGCUUUGUUCACUCUUACUUAAAACAUUCUGAACUUCUAAAUCAAUUACAUUAGAUUGAGAAACUAAAUUGGAAUCAACUGACUGUUCUUCAGUUGUUGAAUUAUCAAUUGAAGCAAGAUGCUCGACAGAAUCCCUACGUUCGAAUAUUUUAUUAUAAAGAUUGUGUAAUAAAUUGUCUAAUGCCUCAAUGCGACUACGUCUCCGUUCAGCUGUAAUUCGCUGACGGCAAAAAGAAAUUUGACUACCACUUGAUUCUCGCCUCCGAAAUACGAUUUUUCCGAGUUGGAAGUGUUGCCACGGAGCGUGCGCAUUUUACCACCGAACAGUUAACAUCGCAAUCUCGUGAGUUUCCUAACCCUAAAUAGUUGUUAACUUCAACGAUUUAUAUUUCGCUUCAGUAGUGCUAAUUAUUUCUAUCAGAGUUUUUUGUUUUGUGUACAAACGCAUCCAAGGAGCCUAAUUUCAUCGAAAUUGAAAGUGAGAAUUGUAUUCUGUAUACCUAUUUUGUUUCAAUUCUCAAGUUAUACGAGAAAUGUUUCUUGUAGUUCACAAACUGAUAAAUUAUCAUAUGAUGAGUCAUGUAGGAACUAAUAAAACAUUUCUUUUGUAUAAUACUUCUCAAAAAUUAUUGUUUGUGUGUUAAAAUCACAAAAUCAAUCUCUCGAUUUUGUUAUACUUUCAGAUUACUUCACUGCCUUCCUCAAUUCAUGCAGUCCACUCCUGCAUGUAGACGUCCUCCAAUUUUUUCCAUGUUUUCCCGUGCUGUGCAAUUUAAAUAUUACACAAAGUUAUUUUAAUUAACAUUUGAAAUAAUUAUAUAAAUAUUAGCAACAAUAAUGAAACAAUCUAAACAACUUGUACACAGUAAUUGUUGUAGUCGUCGGGCUUUUCGCCACAUUUCUUUUCGUCAACGUCAGCGAAUUGCAGCUGAAUUGAAACGUACUCGCAUAGUUGAGACAUCAGAUAAUUUGUUACACAGUCAUCGUAACAAUAUAUUUGAACGUGGGGAUUCUUUCGAGCAUCUUGAGUAGUAUGACUAUGCCGGUUCUAACCCAGGUGCUCCGAGGGGGGGUGAGGUGCGCGGGGAAAUGUGGGUGCGGGGUAAUGACGUCACCCCCGGGACUUACCGUUAUCUGUUUACAUAAACAGAGAUAACCGUUAUCUAUGUAGAUAGUAAUAACCAUAUUUGUUUAUGUAAAUAGAUAGCCGAAGGGGGGGGGUAACCCUCGGUGCCUGAGUUAGAACCGGCAUAAUAUAUAUAAUUCGCGGGCCUGACGUCACCGCAGGGCAAUAUCGCAGGCCUGACGUCACCCGCGGACCUAAAAUUCGCGGCGCGCGGGCCUGACGUGGCGUUCGCGGAACUGUCCGCCGCCGCGCGCACAAAGAAAUAAAUUUGCUCACUCCCCUCGACCUCCACUUCGUCCUCACCUGUAAAGGUGGUGGUGCUCGAAGAGGAUUACCCGGGGAGGCUGUCCGUGGGAACGAACUCCUUGAAGAAGACGUUCAUCCACGUGCCCCACGUCAUUUUUUCUCACUCACAAUGUUUGCUAAUCGAGAGCACGGCUACGACUGAGGAACAAAGGGCUGUGCGAGAGCAUCCUCCGUCGCACUGCGUAUUUACAAUUAAUCGCAUGUAUAUAGAAUGACGAGUAUCUUUUAUACGUUCCCCGAUAUGUGGGGGUAGAUUUUCAUGAAACGAUGAUUCAAGGGAUCGAUUGCCGCUGCAUGACGCAAGCUUAGACAAAGAAGAUGCGGAUAGGCAAAAUAUCGAUGCGAAUAUGACCUGUUGUCAAAUACAUGAUCCCCCGAUAUAGGUGAGGGGGGGGGGUAGAUUUGUUGGCAAAAACGAUUCAAAACAGGUAUCAACCGCCGCUGCAUGAUGCAAGCUUAGACAAAGAAGUCGCAAACAUCGGUGCGAACAUCCCUCGAUAUGUGGGAUAGAUUUUUAUGAAACGAUGAUUCAAAACAGGCACGGACAAGUUGCAUUAAACAAAUCGCGAGGCAAUGACGAUGCUUCCCCCAGUUGAAUAAAGGGACAAAGGAGUUGCAGAUAAAAUAUAUAAUAAGUCAAUUAGCGCUCAGACCUCAGUAGAUGUCUCGGAAGCAUACCGAAUCGGUCGCAAUAUGCAGUGUUAAAAAUGGCUGAGCGUAUCGAAGACGUUGAGUUCGAAAAUGUUGGGAACAUAGAUAAUGAUAUGGACAUUGAUAAUGAAUCGUUCGAAAAUAUGCGACUGAAUUUUGAGAAUUAAAUAGACGAAGAAUCUGACGAAGAGUUACCCGAUGAUAAUGAUUGCAAUCAGAGUGAACAUCCUGAGAAUUUUGUGGAAAGAGUCAUGUCAAAUGCGCAAAUCCGUGCUUUGAAUCAAAGUACAAAAUAUUGUAUGAUUCAUGUUUAUUAUACGUCGCAUGAUUCUCGAUCACUGUGUGCAACGUGCAUGAUUGAAAGGGCGCAAUACACAUGGAGAGUAAUGCGCAUUAUUCGAGAUCAUGAAACAGGUUCUUUUAUUGCGCUAAACGGUCGAUCUUGUACCAACUGCAGGCAAUCAACGUUUCUGAAGAUUCCAUGUGACAUGUGCCCAAUAUGUGUGUCUACGCAAUAAGAAAGACAUUUAUUAUCAGUCAACGCAUAGAUGUCGAUUUCUGAAGCAAAGUUUGCACAAGAUCAAUAUCGCGUUCAAAGCAUCAAUCGAUAUUGUAAUCGAUCGUGUAAACUAUAUACGUGUAAGUGCUGCUUGACAUUUUAUAGUGCGUGUUAAUAAUUGAAAAAUGGAAAAUAGUGAGCAAGUGGAACGCGAACUGCUCGAGCAAUGCUCGCAGGUCACAAAUUUAGCAGAAUGUUUCACGUGGUUGCAACGAUGCGACGAGUGCCUUGCGCAGCUCGAAGAAUGUUGUAGUAGUGCUAAACGUCCACGGCUCACCGUCGGCUCUAAACAAUCCAUAGUGGCGAGAAUCGCGCGACUCGCGGGUGCAAAAGCGCAGUUAGAAAAGCGUUUCGUGCACUUUGGUGGUGGUGAUGGGCACGCUAGUAGUAGCGCCGAUGACAAAAAAUCGCUUGUGUGGCGCGAGAUCGACGUUGCGUUUGAGUCACGUAUUCUUACGGGUGCUGUAAUAAACGCGGAUUAUAUUGAGCCGCGGCAUUUCUUGGAAGACGCUAGUGAUUUGGUGAUCAAGCAAGUGCGAGACGCUAUCGCAAAACAUGGAAGUGUAAAAGUGAACACUGUAUUCAACGGUGAAUUUAUAAACAUUCGUGACGAUCGCGAUAAUAAAAGUCUGGCGACGAAAAACUGUGAAUUGUACAGAGCAUCAAAUUUGCGCGAGUGGUAUGAACGACGCGUUAUUGAAGUAAUAGUAGCAAUGCUCGACGAGUUUCAGGAACGCGAUAGUGGUUGGGCGUUAUACCGAAUACAGAACUUGAUGGUGAAUAUAAACAAACUUAAUCCCAUGCACGCGGGAUGUUGCAUCAAAAUGCCGAUGGAAGCAAGUGACAAACGUGCGGUAAUUAAUGUGCAAUCGAAAGACAAUGCUUGUUUUGCAUGGUCGGUGGUGGCUGCCCUAUACCCCGCAAAAAAUCAUGCCGACCGGGAAUCGUCGUACCCACAUUAUUCGACUGUUUUAAAGUUUGAUGAUAUACAAUUUCCAAUGAAAGUGAAAGACAUUGGAAAAUUUGAACGAUUAAACGACGUGUCGGUGAACGUGUACGAUACCGAACUUGAUAGAAAAGAAAAGAUACAGGCUAAGAGCGAAAAUGUAUGCUGUGAGAGUAGAAGGGAAAAGAGAUACGAAAAAGGCUAA